AUGGCCGGCUCCCCGGGCAGCAUCAAGCUCUGCCUCCUGCUCCAGGCCGCCGGGCUCUGCCUGGCCCAGCUUCGAGGUCCGCCAGGAGAGCCUGGCCCGCGAGGGCCCCCCGGUCCGCCAGGAGUGCCGGGAGCCGAUGGCAUCGACGGUGACAAAGGCUCGCCCGGAGCGCCUGGGCCCGCGGGUGCCAAGGGGGACCCCGGAGCGCCCGGCCCGGACGGGCCCCCAGGGAAGCCAGGCAUCGACGGCCUGACGGGAGCCAAAGGAGAACCGGGGCCCGUCGGCGGGCCAGGAGUUAAAGGCCAGCCCGGACUCCCAGGGCCGCCGGGGCUGCCCGGCCCUUCGCUGCCAGGACCACCCGGGCUCCCGGGUCAGGUUGGACUGCCUGGGGAAAUCGGAGCGCUGGGACCCAAGGGCGAUCCCGGACCCGAUGGCCCGCGGGGUCCCCCAGGCCCUCCUGGGAAACCUGGCCCCCCAGGACACAUCCAGGGACUGGAAGGCAGUGCUGAUUUCUUGUGUCCGACCAACUGCCCGCCGGGUCCCAAGGGUCCCCAAGGACUGCAGGGACUGAAGGGACACAGGGGCCGGCCCGGCGCCCUCGGAGAGCCCGGCAGGCAGGGCCCGCAGGGCCCCAAGGGCGACGUCGGUGUCUCCGGAGAGCAAGGCGUCCCCGGCCCGCCGGGACCGCAGGGCCUGAGGGGUUACCCCGGCGUGGCGGGACCCAAGGGCGAGACGGGUCCUGCUGGCUACAAAGGGAUGAUCGGGACCAUCGGAGCCGCCGGGCGGCCGGGCAGGGAAGGCCCCAGGGGACCGCCCGGGGAGCCCGGCGAGAAGGGAGAGCUGGGUGGCCGUGGCAUCCGCGGUCCCCAAGGAGACGUCGGCCCCAAGGGGGAGAACGGUCUCCCGGGCAUCGACGGCAAGGACGGCACGCCGGGAAUCCCAGGCGUGAAGGGCAGCGUGGGACAGGCCGGCCGCCCGGGGCUUCCAGGCCACCGGGGACAAGCUGGCUUGCCGGGCCAGCCGGGAAGCAAAGGUGGCCCCGGAGACAAGGGUGAACCGGGUCCUCGAGGCCAGCCAGGUGUCACUGGUGCCCCCGGGCAAAUUGGUGAACCAGGACCUCGGGGUGAACAAGGACCACAGGGUGUCCCUGGGCCAAAGGGAGAUCGGGGCGAGCGAGGCCUCGUGGGUCCCCCGGGGGAUCAGGGCAGAGUGGGUGCUAAAGGGGAACAGGGCCCUCCAGGAAUCCCAGGACCCCAAGGCUUGCCAGGAGUCAAAGGAGACAAGGGCUCCCCAGGAAAAACUGGCCCCAAAGGUGGUGUUGGAGACCCAGGUGUUCACGGCCUCGCGGGGGUGAAGGGAGAGAAGGGUGAAUCAGGCGAGCCAGGGCCAAAGGGACAGCAAGGCGUCCGGGGCGAGUUCGGCUUCCCCGGCCCCGCCGGGGACGCAGGCGCGCCGGGCGUGAGAGGCUACCUGGGACCACCCGGCCCGCGAGGACUCGUCGGGGAGCGCGGCGUGCCAGGGAUGCCCGGCCAGCGGGGUGCAGCCGGCCGGGAUGCCAGCGACCAGCACAUCGUUGACGUGGUCUUGAAGAUGCUGCAAGAGCAGCUGGCGGAGGUGGCGGUGAGCGCCAAGCGCGCGGUGCUGGGCGGCGCCGGGGCCAUGGGGCCGCCCGGCCCCCCCGGCCCCCCGGGACCUCCUGGUGAGCAGGGGCUGCACGGACCCAUGGGGCCCCGCGGCAUCCCCGGCAUCCUGGGGGCCGCUGGGCAGAUCGGCAACACGGGGCCGAAAGGGAAGCGAGGGGAGAAGGGCGAGCGCGGCGACGCUGGCCGGGGCCACCCGGGCAUGCCGGGCCCGCCGGGGAUCCCAGGUCUCCCCGGCAUCCCCGGCCACGCGCUCGACGGCAAGGCCGGCGAGCGGGGCCUGCCGGGCGCCCCCGGGGAGGCCGGCCGGCCGGGCUUGCCGGGUCCCGCCGGGCUCCCCGGCUUCUGCGAGCCGGCCGCCUGCUUGGGAGCCUCGGCGUACGCCUCGGCGCGCCUGACGGAGCCCGGCGCCGUCAAGGGACCCACGUACUGAGGAGGCGCCUGAGGCGCGAGACCGGGAACUGCUGCGGACCGAGCUGGAAACCCCCCUCCGGAGGCUGCCGCCUCGGGACUGGGGCCAAAAAGACCAGAAAACUGCAAAUACUAGGGAGCGACGUGGCCGGGAAACCUCCGCCCGCCCCAGGCUCCCAACGCGCCCUCUCCCCUCUGGUUACAAGAUGGUAUUUGGCCAUCGGGGAAGCCCGAAGGAGGGAAAAAUGCAGCAGUGGGAAUUUAAUUUGAUUUAGCCAGAAAUCCCCUCCAACAGCUCGGUUCAUGGUGAGGAACAACCUCCCCUUUGCCGUCUGCCUCGGUAGGGUGCAUUCGUUACCCCCUCUGCCCGCCCUCCGCUCCCUGUUGCCCCUUCUGAAAGAAAUAAAUUGGUUUUUAUACAAAUCCUCUCACUCUGAUAUGUUCUGCUUGGUGCUGGAGGGGAGGGUUUGUGGCCAAUUUCCUUUUUUUUUUUUUGUCCUAUUUUUUAAAGAGAAAAGAAGAAAUUGUGGUUUGAUUAUUUAAGAGACUUGCAAGAUCCAGCCUUGUUCACUGCUGGGCGCUUCCAGAGCUGUAAAUCUUUGUAAAAUAGGAUUAUUUUAUAACUAUGAACAGAAGAACACCAACUUUUUUUAAAAAGGACAAUAAAAACA